GUUGUCAGUAAUGCCAAAAGUUUGUCUUUUUUUGCAAAAAAAAAAUCACUCAAACAUCAAAUCUAGCUCUGCGCGCACCGCUUGCAAAUACCUUCCGCAAAAACUUGUGCAAUAUAGAACAUCUAACGCGGGCAGACCACUUCAGAGAAAGUUAACAUCGAAGAAUGCACAGAGCAAAGGUGAUAGCGAGCACUUUAGUGAGUCCUGCCGGACAAAAGCUAGCAGCAUGGUUGGUGAUACGGAACGCGCCUGUUGUGCUCAGCUGCCCCCAAUGCAGGCACUACAACGUUCCGGCCGCUACAGAACCGUUCCUGAAUGGCAGUUCCGGACAGUAUGUCGAAGAUAUGUACAACGCAUGGUUAGCUGACCCAUCUAGUGUACACGCGUCAUGGGACUCGUAUUUCCGUCAAACGACGCAGGGGGGCGGCGGCUACGUGGCCCCUCCCUCUUUAGCAUCGGUCGGGAGGAACGAAAUGCCGUUGUCCGCUAUAAUGCCCCUUGCGGGGGGCACCGCCCUGGGAGCCACCCCUAUCAGCGAGAAAAUCAUCGAUGACCAUCUGGCCGUGCAAGCUAUCAUCAGGAGUUAUCAGGCACAUGGAAUUUUUUAUUUGAAAAAACGAAUUCACCAUUGGAAACGUUGAUCAUUAAGGCGAGGGGCCAUUUGAUAGCGGACCUGGAUCCGCUAGGCAUAAUGACCCAAAACGAAGGUUUCUGUAAGACAGGAUCCCCCUCGAGCAUCAUUACGCGUCAGCAUAAGCUAGAUUCGUGGCCACCACAUUGCACGCUUGGACCCGUUGGGCAUCAACAGCGCGGAUCUGGAUGACCAAACGCCGCAAGAGUUAGUCUACAAAAACUACAAUUUUGACUGUCCAUCUAAAACCUAUGUAGAGGAGCUGGAAAAGCAGGUCCGGCAGUUCAUGGCCCAGGAAAGCGACAUGGACAGAGUGUUCAAGCUCCCGUCGACGACUUUCAUCGGCGGCAAGGAGAACGCUCUACCGCUCAGGGAGAUUUUGAAACGAUUGGAACAGACGUACUGCAGACACAUCGGAGCCGAAUACAUGUUCAUCAACAGUUUGGAACAGUGCAACUGGAUCAGGCAGAGAUUGGAGACGCCUGGAAUUAUGGACUUGACCGCCGAACAGAAGAGGCUGGUAUUGGCGAGGCUGACCAGGUCGCACGGCUUUGAAUCGUUCCUGGCGAAAAAAUGGUCGUCAGAGAAGCGAUUCGGUCUGGAAGGCUGCGAAAUGCUGAUCCCGGCCAUGAAGACGGUCAUCGACAAAUCUACGGAACUCGGCGUCGAGAGCAUCGUUAUGGGGAUGCCGCAUAGAGGGCGCUUGAACGUGCUUGCUAACGUAUGUCGCAAGCCGUUGCAUCAGCUGUUCACGCAGUUCUCCGGUUUGGAAGCGGCGGAUGAAGGAUCCGGAGAUGUCAAGUACCAUUUGGGUACUUAUAUCGAAAGGUUGAACCGGGUAACGAACAAAAAUAUCAGACUGGCCGUGGUAGCGAAUCCAUCUCACUUGGAAACAGUCGAUCCAAUGGCACAAGGGAAAACAAGAGCUGAACAGUUCUACAGAGGUGACGGGGAAGGCAAAAAGGUGAUGUCUCUGUUGCUUCACGGUGACGCAGCUUUCGCAGGCCAGGGUGUGGUAUUCGAAACUAUGCACUUGUCAGAGUUGCCUGAUUACACUACCCAUGGAACUGUUCAUAUUGUCGCCAAUAACCAGAUCGGUUUCACAACCGAUCCACGUUUCUCGAGAUCAUCUCCAUAUUGUACAGACGUGGCGCGUGUCGUGAACGCGCCCAUCUUCCACGUGAACGCCGACGAUCCCGAAAGCGUCAUCCACGUGUGCAACAUGGCCGCCGAAUGGAGAGCCACCUUCCACAAGGACGUCGUCAUCGAUCUCGUCUGCUACAGGAGAUACGGACACAACGAACUGGACGAACCGAUGUUCACACAGCCUCUGAUGUACAGGAAGAUCAAGGAGACCAAGCCGGUGCUGUUCAAGUAUUCCGAACAGUUGCUCAAGGAGGGCAUCGUGACAGAAGCAGAAGUGAAAGACGUAGCCGAGAAAUACGACAAAAUCUGCGAGGAAGCUUUAGAUCGCGCGAAAAAAGAAACGCACAUCAAAUACAAGGAUUGGAUCGACAGCCCGUGGUCUGGAUUCUUCGAGGGAAAAGACCCGCUGAAAUUGAACCCAACCGGUGUUAUCGAAGACACGCUCGUCCACAUCGGCAAAAGAUUCUCUUCGCCGCCACCAAAUGCUGCCGACUUCGUCAUCCACAGAGGUAUCGAACGUAUUUUGAAAACCCGUAUGGAACUGGUUGAUCAAAGAAUCGUCGACUGGGCUCUAGGUGAAGCUAUGGCCUUCGGUUCAUUGUUGAAAGAAGGUAUUCACGUCAGGCUGUCGGGUCAAGAUGUCGAGCGCGGUACAUUCUCGCACAGACAUCACGUUCUGCACCAUCAAACCGUUGACAAGGCUACGUACAGGCCCCUUUGCAACUUGUACCCCGACCAAGCCCCGUACACGGUCUGCAACAGCUCGCUGUCCGAAUACGGCGUGCUUGGUUUCGAAGUGGGCUAUUCUUUGACCAACCCGAACGCUUUGGUCAUUUGGGAGGCUCAGUUCGGAGACUUCGCGAACACCGCGCAGUGCAUCAUGGACCAGAUCCUGUCGAGCGGUCAAGCCAAGUGGGUCAGGCAGACCGGAAUCACGCUUUACUUGCCUCAUGGCAUGGAAGGUCAAGGUCCCGAGCAUUCGAGUGCCCGUCUGGAACGUUUCCUGCAAAUGUCCUCCGACGACCCGGACUAUUUCCCUCCGGAAAGCGACGACUUCGCCAUCCGCCAGCUGCACGACAUCAACUGGAUCGUGGCUAACCCCACGACGCCCGCCAAUUUGUUCCAUAUCCUGCGCAGGCAAAUCGCGUUGCCGUUCAGAAAACCGCUGAUCUUGAUGACGCCCAAGAGUCUGCUGAGACAUCCUGAGGCUAGAAGCUCUUUCGACGAAAUGGUUGAUGGCACCGAGUUUAAAAGGAUCAUCCCAGACGCCGGCCCGGCUUCAGAAAAUCCCGACGGCGUCCAGAAACUGAUCUUCUGUACCGGAAAAGUUUACUUCGACGUCAAAAAAGCGAUCAUCGGAAAGAAUUUGGAAUCGAAGAUUGCGCUUACCAGAGUUGAACAGCUUACGCCGUUCCCGUUCGAUCUGAUAAAGGCCGAAUGUUCCAAAUACGCGAACGCCAGCGUGGCCUGGUGUCAAGAAGAACACAAGAACCAAGGAGCAUGGACAUAUGUCCAGCCCAGGUUCGAAACUACCACAUCUGGACAGAAACAUGUCGCUUACAUUGGUAGACCAGUCGCCGCGAGUACAGCAACCGGCAGCAAGGUUCAAUACUUGAAGGAGCUUAACGCCUUCCUUGAAGACGCUACAAGUUUGUAAGUCAUCCAAGUUGGCGAUACUUCAAACGAACUCUCUCACCUGCUAGAGUUAGAUAAAUAUUUUUGCACCAAAAAAAACGCAAAACCUCUAUAAUACCUUGACGAUUUUAACGAAGUUCAGUUCGAGUGUAUAUUUUGAUGUUUUUCUUUGAAAAUAAUGUAUCGUAGAUGUCUUGCGUUUUGAAGUCCCCUCUUCACAAUGGUCCAGGUUGUGUCACCGCACCGCCACCUUUGUUACGAAUAAUACGCUGCACAAGUUGCACAAAUCUUCGUGAACCUACACCGCAAAGAUACGACACAAAAAUGAGUAUAACCUCGACGGACAGUCCUCCAGGUUUCAAGUGGACAUAGAAGUUGAGGCCUGCAACAUCGAGCCUUAUUUUUGCACGUGCCCUUUCAAAACGUUGUAUGAGUUGAUUCCUGAUAAGAUACCGUUUUCCCCUCCAAAAGAAAUAGGAUUUGUCGAACUCUGUGUCGGCGAUGACUUCCUCGUUUGAGCUAAUUUUUUUCACCGCGAGCCAUUUCUUCAUGUCAGGGAACAAGAGAAAAUCGCAGGGGGCCAGAUCGGGUGAAUACGGGGGGUGCGGCAGCACUUCAUGACGCAAUUCAUGCAGUUUGGCGGCGACAACUCCGGAUGAAUAUGGUGGCGCGUUAUCGUAGUGAAAACGCGAAUUACGGAACGAUACUGUUCUUUUUCCAUCUUACAGAAAAUCACGAGACACGAAUGGCUACCAAAUCCAAACUAACCUAUCAUUCAGCCUGAAAUUUGUUGUGCCGUCGCUUGAUAGAUGGCCGCUUAGGAACGCCAUCUGUCGUCAAACGCGCGUACUUACUGAACGUAUCUCUAGUCUUCGUGGUUACUUCAUCUGUCAGUUGUCAAAUGAAAGAUUGCCAAGUACAUCGGCGAUGACGUAUACCGGUCCAUAGUGAAGAGUCAAACUCGAAACAAUCAGCACCAAAAUCGUAAAACUUAUGUAAUUAUGUACAUAGCAGCAUAUAUAGUACAUUUAGUGAACGUUUAUUUCGAAAGUAAAAAGCCGAUUGUAUGACGCGUAUUGCGAGACCAGUUGCAAUUUAUAAAUGUGUAAUAAAAUUUAUCUGUGUAUCUUGUGAAAUGUGAUAUGCGACGCCGUUAAGGUUAAACGGAUAAUUUAAGUAGUUGAAAUCGAUUAAAAAGUUCAAGCGCAACUGGUCCAUGAGAGAGACUAACUUUGUAAAAGCAGUUAGGCAUUUUAAAGUAUUUUAAAUUAAUAAUGUUAUUUAUUUGUGUAUGUAUGAGAUGAAAUGGAUGGAAUGAAACUGUUACUCCAUA